AUUUAAUAUCCCCCUGUCUAACUUUUCGUUCUGUUCUGUCCCUUCCCACUUCCAGGCGAAGUUCCGGCCAUUUCAUCCCGUCGUCUUAUGCAUAAUCGGAGGCUAUCAUCUACUUCAACAGUUGAUCGCAAGUAGAACCUAGAUAGCCGUACUCUCCCUUCGCCCACCGAUUGGGUGAAACGAGAGAAAACAUCUCGGGAUUUUUAAGGCCCCCGUGGGUCCACUGUGAAAUAUUCUGAUUAUCGAAGUAAAAAUUCAAAUGGGGAGCACCACAGUCGAUAAGACAGCUGAUGAGCUUCAGCGAGAGAUCGAUGAGCUUCAUCGCCAACAACGAGAGAUUACGGAGAGGCUGAGGGAUCCUAGAGGGCUCCGAAGGGGAGGGUUGUCGAGCAUCGGUCCUCGUAAUUUUGCAUCCAAUGGUUCUCUUCAACGUGGCUUUCUUCGACCUGCGGAUAGGACAGAUGUAGAAGAUCAACCUCCGGCUAAGAAGCGAUUGUCGUCAGCUGUUGUAAAGGUGGAAGAUGGAGAGAUUGUUGACGAGGAAGUGGAAAAGGAUGUCAGUGACAUUGCUGUUGAAGGAUCUGGUCCAGUAGAUGAGAGUGAUAUAAAACAGUCAACUCUGCAGCAAGAUGGUUGGUCUAGAAGGGAUGGAAACCAAAGACUGAAGAAGGAUGCUGAAGUUCCAAUUGCAGAUCAUGUUCCAAGGAUUCUGCCCAAGGAUGAGGACCCGAGCUUGAUUAAUAGGAAUAGAAGGAUGUUGGGGCAACUUUUAGGGACUUUGGAGAGAUUCAGGAGAGAAGAUAAGCAACUUUCGGGGACAGAGGCAUUUAUGAGACGAUCAAAUUCUUUGCAAAGAGCUGAGCAAAGAGCUCGUGAAGAAAGUGAGAAGCUGAGGCAACAAGAGCGUGAACAGAUUGCAGAAAAGAGGAGGAGAGAUCUGACUCUCAGGGCUCGUGUGGCUGCGAAGGCUGAAGAAAAGAAGCUGGAGUUGUUGUUUCUUCAGUGGAGUGAGCACCACAAAAAGCUUAGGAAUUUUAUAAGGACCAAAACCGAGCCUGCAAUAUAUUAUUUGCCAACUAAACCAUUGAAUGAAGAUGCGGCCAUACAUGAGCAGCAAAAAGAACAAGAGUUUCUAGAGUGGAAGGCAGGUAGGAGGGAGGAAUUAUCUAAAUAUCAGAAGCAGAUAGGAGAAGAGUAUGUUGGAAACGUGGAGAAGGAGUUGGAGAGGUGUCAAAAUGCCCGGAAAGCUAGGAAAGCAAACAAUGACAUGAACUUACAAGAAACUAUGGAUAAGGAAUUGGAUAGCCACAAACUGGAGCAUGGUCCAAAGAAGAGAAAGAUACCUGGUGGAAACAACAAUGAAGACGAGGAAGAUGUGGAAGAUAUCAAUGUUGGGGAGGAUGAUAUGAUGGAUGAUGUGUUGGAUGUUGAUGAUAAUAAUGGGAGGGCUGAUGAGACUGCCAAAGCAGAGCUUCUUAACACUAGUCCACUCCCUGAUAAUGCUGAGCAACCAUUACCAUAGACAAUGCCGAUGGUCUUAUUCGAGGUCUUUUGUAUUUUUUUUGUUUUUGUCGUAGAAUUCAUUUUGGCAUAUGAUCAACUUGUUCUUAACGUCACAAAUAAGCAACUUGUUUUUUG